AUGGCAACGCACCCGGUUCAGGCCGUCGGAAAGGCGUUUGGAAAGAUGGGUGGCGACCCGAGAGCUCUUCAACGAACCUCUCUCUUUCAAGGCGCAAAUGAAGGCCCUGCAGUUCUGGCCGCCAAAUUGACUGGGGUUAGCGAGGGAGGAAAGCGUGCUGAUGACGGCCCUUAUUUCACCAACAAUGAGGGUAUCCCAUUCCCCGAUGCGUCCCACAGCAAGACCGUUGGGGGCAUUCCCGUCGCCUCCGACACGUUUCUCUUUCAGAAGCAGCAGCACUUCAACCGAUCCAAGCUCCUUGAGAGAAUGGUACAUCCCUGCGGCAGCGGCGCUUUUGGCUACUUUGAAACCACCAAAGAUGUCUCGCAUCUGACCAAAGCUGACUUCUUGAGCGGCUCAGGCGUCCAGACACCAGUGUUCGUCCGCUUUUCAACCGUGACUCUGGGAAGAGAAUUCCCGGACUUGGCCCGCAAUCCUCGCGGCUUUGCUAUCAAGUUCUAUACUGGCGAGGGCAACUACGACAUUGUGGGCCUGAAUUUCCCGGUGUUCUUCUGUCGUGAUCCUAUUCAGGGUCCAGAUGUCAUCCGUUCUCAAGCUCGACGACCCGACAAUUUCCUGCUGGACUACAACGCCACGUUCGAUUUGCUUGCGAACACCCCUGAAGGAAACCACGCCGGCAUGAUGUUCUUCUCUGACCAUGGAACUCCUCAAGGCUGGCGCGCCAACCACGGGUACGGCUGCCAUACCUUCAAAUGGGUCAACAAGAACGGCGAGUUCGUGUACAUCAAGUACCAUUUCCUCGCCGACGGAGGACAGAAGCAGUUCACACGUCAAGAAGCGGUCAAGCUGUCUGGCGAAAACCCAGACUACAGCAAAGAAGAACUUUGGCAAGCCAUUGAAAAUGGCGAGCCAGUGUCUUACACCGCUCACGUCCAAAUCAUGAAGCCUGAAGAAGCCGACCCCCAAAAGCUGGGCUUCGACCCUUUUGACGUGACCAAGGUAUGGCCGAAGAAGCUUUUCCCGCUUCACGAGUUCGGCAAGCUCCAUCUGACCAGAAACCCUGAAAACUACCACCGUGACGUUGAGCAGGCCGCCUUCUCUCCAGGCAGCAUGGUCCCGGGCAUCGAAGACAGUCCUGAUCCACUCCUCCAAUUCCGCAUGUUCUUCUACCGCGACGCGCAAUACCACCGCAUCGGCGUCAACCUGCACCAAGUGCCCACAAACUGCCCCUUCAUGGCCGGCUCCUACGCAUCCCUGAACUUUGACGGACCCCUGCGCGUCGACGCCAACCACGCCAAAAACCCGCAGUACGCGCCCAACAGCUUUGUGGACAAGUUCCGCCCAGACACGGCCGAGGCGCCCUACAAAGUGGGCGACAACGUCGUCUCGCGCAAGUCGCACUUCUACCACGAAGGCCGCCCGCUUACCGAGUACGACCAGCCACGCGACCUGUACGAGAACGUCAUGACCGCCACGCAGCGCGAGCACCUGCACGACAACACGGCUGUCAUGCUCAGCCACGUCAGUGAACCGGUCAUCCAGGUCAAGUACCUAGCGCAGCUAUACAAGAUCAAGCCCGAGUAUGCGCGGGCUGUGUAUAACGGGCUGACGAAGAAGAAGUUCGAGUUUACCGAGGUCGAAGCAAAAGCGGAGGGGAUUGAGAAGGCGGGCCACCAUGACAGGUUUAGGCCGACGCAGGCGAACGAUAGGCUUGUCGGAUUGCCUGCGAGUGGGAUUUAUAACAAUGUGCCGGGUGGGUAUUGA